ACACUGCAUGUCGGUGAUGAUGACCACCUGCAGAACGACUAUGCAGGCGAGCAGACAGACCAAGACAGAUGAGCCACGUAGCAGUCUGGCGCUCAGCACCCGCCGCCACUUCUUCACCAGCAUAGUGGGUCGUCACAAACGCCGAACUCAACUGAUCACCUGGCGACACAAGGACCACACUCGGCUGAUCACAGGUGACUCCCUGACGGCGGCCACAGGCCCAGGUCUAGACACGACAUCGCAAGCAGGUGCGUUGAUCCGAGGAUGGUUGACAAUGGGAAGGUUACUCACUCUACUUCCUACAGCAUCCAUUCUUCAGAAGUAGUCUUCAUGGAG